GACUUCAAGGCCAGCGCGAACCAUAUAGGGAGACCUUGUCGCAAAAACAACCCCCCAAAACAAAAAAUUCCCCAGUGAUAGGAUGUGGAAACAGGCAGGGAGCAAUCAGGUAUGCAGCGCAGCGUUUUUGUUUUUUGGUUGUCCUGGGGAGGUUUUGUGAGGGAACUGUAGGUUUUGUGCCGAAGCUGUCUACUUCCCGCCCCUAGAAACCAAACUCCAGGGACAACCAACCUUUCCUGCUGACCAGGGGACACUGCUGCAGAAGCUCCGCCCAGCGCCUGGGGGGAUGGGAAAGGGACCCGCGUCCCUAAGCCCUUCGGGGCUGCAGGGUCAGCCGGUAACAUCCGGAUGCACUGGGGUGGAGGGGUGGGGCUGGGGGAAGUCCCGGGCCCUGCACAGCUCCACGAGGAUGUGGCCGCUGCCUGUACAUGGUUUCUAUGAUUACACAAGCGCUGCCCCACCGCGUCUUCCAAUCUGGGCUCCAGGUUCCAGCCUUACCGCGAGGCCAGGUGCGGCGGUCAGUUGCAGGCGCACGGGGUCGCCCCCAGAGGCCCCGGGGUCGCCCCCAGAGGCCCCGGGGUCUCCAGCCGCAGGUGGGCCCCUACCUCACACUCGGUGCCCUGCGCUUCCGGUCCGUCUGGGAGACCCGGGUCCUGAGAAUGAGGCGUGGCCGCCCACCCGGUCCCGCCCCGCGAGCUGAUUUACAUGCGUCUUCGGCCCCGCCCGGGGCGGCUAAAGCGACGUGUCCUUGUCCCCCGUGGGCAGCCUUGACGGGUGCAGCCGCGGAUCCCCAGUGCCGAGGACCUCUUUUCCUGGCCACCACCUGCUGCACAACCAGUCUGGAUCAUGAAGACCAAAAGCCGUCCUCCCCGGCGCCGGGUACCACUGCAGGACACCGAGGCCACUGUGGAGGAGCAAACCCCUGACAGGCCCCAGUCUGGCUGUGGCUCAGAGCUGGCCAAGGGUCUGCGGAGCAGGACAUCCAGGGCAGCGGGGACACGGGCUGAGGGUGGGCGCCGGCGACAGGGCCCAGGCAGCCGACGAGAGAACAGCAUUCAGCGGCGGCUGGAGAGUAACGAGCGGGAGCGGCAGCGGAUGCACAAGCUCAACAAUGCCUUCCAAGCCCUGCGAGAGGUGAUCCCGCACGUACGAGCUGAUAAGAAGCUCUCCAAGAUCGAGACGCUCACGCUGGCCAAGAACUACAUCAAGUCGCUGACCUCCACCAUCCUGACCAUGUCCAGCAGCUGCCUCCCAGGCCUCGAGGGACCAGAGCCUUCGGUGGGCCCCAAGCUUUACCAGCACUACCAGCAGCAGCAGCAGCAGCAACAGCAGCAGCAUGUGGCUGGGGCCCCGAUGGGGGCCACAGAGGUCCAGCCCCAGGGCCACCUGCAGCGGUACUCUACACAGAUCCACAGCUUCAGAGAGGGCAGCUAGCACCCAGACUGGGGCGGGGUGGCAGUGGUGGCUGGCCUGCUCUCCUAACCCUGGUCCCUCAGAGCCUCAAGUUUCACCUAGACCUGUAAGGAUGUCAGCUCUAAGAGGUUGUGGCCUCCCGCAACUCCUCUUCCCUGAAACUCAGCUCAGUCACUUCCCUGGAGCAGUUUUUUCCAGCCCUCCAGGGGAUAAGCAACUUGUCUGGUUAUUUCCAGGCUAUGACCCUGAGUAUCAUAAGGCCUAAAGCCCCAGGAAGGUUCCAGGCCCUGUUGUUUUUGCAUUGAGCUAGUGGCCUUAUGAGAAUGGAAAAGACCUGCUUGCUUUCUUCAUCACUAAAUCUCUUCCCCUUGCAUGACCUUCCCUCUCCCCCCAGCAAAGAUUCCAGAAAAUGGUUUACUUAAAGAUUUCCCUGAGGCAAAGCAGGGGAAGGGGCCGCCUGUACCCUGAGUCAUAGACCUAGGUGGGGCCUGGGGCUCAGCCCUCUGAUUUGGGGAAAUUAAGCAGAACAGAACCCAAGGCCCUUCAAGGAAUAUGGCAGAACAAAGAUGGCAGUUUUUUGAGUAGUCAGAAACCCUAAUCAGAGGACCCCACUUCCUUCUAAAAGGUCCUGGGGCGGGGCUCCCUCCCUAGACCCUACUGGGGGUCUUCUAGAGAGGGGUAGCACUCUGGGCUGUGUUUGACUGGUGGGGGGGUCUUUGUGGGGCCUCAGUGCUAGGUAAGAGUUCCCCUGAGCCCCUGCACAUGGGGAGGGUUUGGGGCUUUCUGCACGGUGAAGCCUGGGGAGGCAGGAGCUUCCCUCCCCACACCGAGUGCUGUUCCUGAUGGCAGGGAUUGAUUGGGUGGCUUGGCAGCCCAGCUGCUUCAGGCCCAGCUUCCUUCUGUCGGGGCGUUCCUGCCCCACUGGCUCUGCCGGACUGGGCCACUUUGCUGUCAACCCUGCUGGCAUCUCAUCUCUUUUGUCCCUCCACACAGAGUUAUCCCAGAGACCUUGAGGAUCUGGGCAGGGGGGACCUACCUAGACCAGGAGUUUGGCUGAGGCUUUUGCUGGCCUGUCUCCAACACAUGGCCUUGCCUCCCCACGCUUGGGCAGUGUGGCACUCUGUCAGCUUGGGGUCAGCUGUGGUCACGUGAAAGGUAGCAGGUGGCACCCAAAGGAACAGGCAUUUCUGCUUUGGUCCUAACUCCCAGCCAGGUGCUCUGGAAGGAAGCCCUGGCACACCGGGCUCCCUGUCUCCAUGAGGUGAUCUUGGGUCCUUCCCUGUAGGCCUGGGAGCCUGGUCUGACCCUCUGCUCCAACUACCACUAAGGGUCAGGUGGGCAUGUGAGCCUUCCCAUGUGCCCCCUGGGGACCUACCAGUGUGAGCUGAGAUUGGAUACAACCCCUAGAUUGAGACAGAGCCGGCCCAGGCAUCUCCUGCUACAGGGACCUGCAGUCCAGAGGUGCCCUGAGAUGAGUGAGGCCACCACUGGCCCCUGGAAGCUGAGCUGAGGCCAGAACUGGACACAGCUUACCGCUGGACAUGCUGAUGAUCUGAGCCUCGAGUAGAGGGUGCAGGGGCGCUGCCAACAUCCUCCUGAGAACUGGCCAUAGCCCAGGAUUGCCACAAGUCACCACCUUGUUGGACCACAACCUCACGACUCUUCCUGCCCUGAGCUGGCGCCUGCAAUCCCCUCCACUUCCCAGGUAGCCAGUCCUUUUGCACUGGUGGUUGGAGGGGAUCUAUGUGCCCUUGGCCACAUUACAAAGGGUACUCAAAUGCCUCAGUCUCACUUUGGGGUGUUGAAUGUUAGAGAGAAGACAGGGAUGGAUUGGUGACCAGUCAGCAUGGCCGGUGGCUUGGUCUCCCACGACCCUUGUCCUGAGCCCCCAGCCCAGCCUGGACAUUUUCAUCCUUUGAGAGGUCCUCCUGGACCAUCAGGGAUAAACUUUCUCAAAGCCCUGGGUAAGCAGGUUGGUGCUGGGGUCCCCUGAGGUAUUGGCCCACCAUCCUCUCCACAAGUGGAAAAGACAGAACUGUGACUUUUCUGUCUGGGAAAAUCAAAUUGGGACUGAGCAGCCUGUAUUCUGCUGUCAUUGUGGUGAGGAUGUCCCUUAAUUGACCCAAACUUGCUUUUAUUUUUGGCUAACUGUACCUUCAAAGUAGGAAUGAAAUUGAUACCUUGCCAUACCAGGAAAAUAAAAGAAUUGAGGGCAAAUGCUUUGGCCACAUGUAUAAAUGCAUAGGAACUAUGCAUUUCAAUCAGUGUAUCAAUAAAACGAUGCUGCCAUGUA